CACAUAUAUUGUCAGAUUAUUCUGGAUGAGGAGGAAGGUAAACUGUGGUUGAAACUCACUUGAGGUUGGUUUCUCCCACUAACAGGUUCAGACUGUCUCUUCCCGCUCUCUUCCUUCAAACUGUUAGCUCAGAGAAACACUGUUAACGGGAUAAAGAAAAGGAGAAAAUGUCGUUGGGGGAUUUAGAGAGAAAGUGGAAAACAGCCCUGACCUCCAUCCUGGAGGAUCUGACCGAGCGAGAACUCAGAAAAUUACUGUUCAAGCUGGACAAAAUCCCUCGAGGUCAGAGGACGGAGAAGCAUCGAGAGGAAAUCCCUGAACUGAUCAUCCAGUACUACGGGACGGAGGGGUCCAUCUCCGUCAUCGAUGCAGAAAUGAAGGUUCUACCGAGGAACGACGCCAGAGUCCAGGAGCCGCUGCGCCCGUUUGUGGAGAAACUGAAGAAACGGCAAGAAAAAGUAAAGGAGACGGUGAAAAAAAAGACAUCGGACUCAGGAUCAGUGGACAAGAAGACAAAACCUGCAACUGGGACGAUGAACAAACCUGCAUCCACCAAGGAGCGAAAAGCUGCAGCCGGUCAAGUGAAGAGCUGCCAACCUGACAAGAUGGAUCCUGUUGGAGACGUGGAGACCAAACAGAAGACAGAAUCCACCAAAACUACCAAAACCACAAAGAUGGAUCCUGUUGGAGACGUGAAGACCAAACAGAAGACAGAAUCCACCAAAACCACAAAGACGGAUCCUGUUGGAACCAAAAAGCCCAAACAGAAGACCGAGCAGAAAGAACCUCUGAAUAUUUCUUCUCUGUCUCUGAAAUCAGCGGAAUCGCCUGAAACUUCCAAGGUUCAAAGUGAAGCCGUCCAGACCGGGAGGAUCAAAAUAAUGGGAAUCAAAUCGUCCAAUACGAGGAACACUCACCUGGAGGUGGAGUUCAACGGCGGGCCGCAGACGUUUUAUGUGACAAAUCGACUUCUUGCGGACGUGUUCGGCUUCAAAGCGGAGGACGACUUCACAGGAAGAUUCUCUCGUGAGACGCCGCUCACAGCAGACGUCCAAAUAAAAGGAAAUAAAAUUACGGAAAUUAAGAAGCUGUAGCAAAAAUGUACACAUAUUUGUGUACAGUGGAACGCCGUUGACGGGUGUGGUUGGUGUGUGUAGUUAGGGUGGUGGGGUCUUUAUGAGUUACAGGUACUUUUGAAUUUACAUUUAAGGAAGUACAGUCUUUUUAUUUCUUUCAUCGCUC